CAAUUGUUGCUGUUGCAAUGUGUCAUGUGACGCGGUGGGCGGUACCACGUGAACAGCAAUGGCGCUCUCCAGUUCUGCCAGGCUCAUAACGAGAUCAGGACUCGGCUGUCUUUUUCGGAGAGGGUGCCGUCUUGAACCAUGCAGGGUCUCCCCAAUGCUACUGUGUCAGCAACAUCGCUGCUUCUUCUGGAGAAAGUGGAAGAAUUCCCAUUUUCACAGUGUAGUUCGUCCUGCUACUGUUAGGCCUGCCUAUCCAGUACCAAAGCACAUUGUGCGUCCAGAUUACGUUGGCACUGGACUGGUCCCGGAAUGGCCUGACUACAUAGAAAUAAAAAAUACAGAGCAAAUUGAAGGCCUUGCCAGAGCCUGCCAGCUGGCUCGACGUGUGCUGCUACUAGCCGGACGCAGUUUGAAAGUUGGCAUGACAACAGAUGAACUAGACUUUAUUGUACAUCAGGAGACUAUCCGGCACAACGCCUACCCCUCCCCUCUCAGAUAUGGGGGUUUCCCAAAAUCGGUUUGUACGUCUGUGAACAACGUGGUGUGUCAUGGCAUACCUGACAGUCGGCCACUUCAAGAUGGUGAUAUUAUCAACAUUGAUGUCACUGUGUAUUUGGAUGGUUACCACGGUGACACGUCAGAAACCUUCUUAGUCGGCCAGGUGGAUGAAGCUGGGCGGCGACUGGUUGAAACAGCGAGGCGCUGCCGAGAUGAAGCCAUUGCUGCUUGCAAGCCGGGUGCACAGCUUUGUGUUAUUGGGAACACUGUUAGUGAAAUAGCUCAUACCAAUGGGUUCCAAGUGUGUCCUUAUUUCAUUGGACAUGGUAUCGGCUCCUACUUUCAUUGCCAUCCUGAAAUCUGGCACCACGCAAAUGAUAAUGACAUGACCAUGGAUGAAGGCAUGGCUUUCACAAUAGAACCCAUACUGAUGGAGGGGUCUCCAGAGUUUAAAAUAUUAAAAGAUAAGUGGACAGCAGUGUCUGCAGACGAUAAGAGGUCGGCUCAGUUCGAACACACGGUGGUUAUCACAUCUGAUGGAGUGGAAAUUCUCACCGAAUUGCCCGAAGAGAACAAUCUGUGACCUGAAGACAUUUAACGGUCAACUGUUUACCUGUGAAAAACUACUUGAAUCAAGCAUCAGGACAAAUGUGCAAUUCCCACCUUUAAGGCAGAUUUGAAUACAUCUAUUUCACAUUUCAAUUAGAUUUAUUUUUCCACCCUUGGCAGUAGACUUUUUAAAAUCAGCCUUUAAAAUGUAGCAGUUUUAUGAUUGACUGUUGAGGUUAGAUUAUAACAGCACAACUCUCAUGAAUAAACAUCUUAGUAAAAACCACCCCUCUCAAUUGUAUUCAUUUAUUAUAUCCUUAAUUUGUGUGUAACAUGCAUGAUACAUUGAGUCAAAAUCAAUUUGUUCCUAUUUUUUUUAAAGCUAGACCCUCAUUUCCUCAAAUAUUGGGGACAUUUAUUUACUCAACUACAGAAAGUACAAGGCGUAGGAGUACAUGUAAUACAUUUGUGUGUUCUUUUUAUUGUUGUGGAACUCAUUGUUCUCUAACUACCAUUUUAUGGUUUAAAAGAACAGAUUGUACCCAAAAAAGGUAUUUUUCACAAUUCAGAAUUUUGCUGCAUAAAAAUGGGUAUUAUUUGUCUUUGGGUGCGGGUAAAAAACUGGACACAGAUUUUUGUAGUGGCUACACACACACAAAAACAGUCUCAUAAAAGUGGUCUACCAUUUGCAGUCAUUCUGUUGUUACAGUAGGUGACACAUUGAGUGAGAGAUAAUAUUAGUAGCUAAACUUUGUCAAAUAACUGUCAAACAUGACUACUGCACGUGCCUGUUAUGUAGUGCGUGGUUCAAGUGUUCGAAGCAGAAAAGGGGGAUAUAAUGAUUUCAGUACAUUCAAAAGUUAGCGCCGUUUAGGCAGCUGCCUAUAUUAUCUGUAACAUACAGCAGCUUUAAGUUGAUCAAUUUAUAUGGCAUUUAUAGAUAUAUAUAUGUUUGUUUCAGGUCUGGGUAACCUACCUUUUUUCUCACCUCUGACACUUCUCCACUUACCUUUGUACCAUUUCAAGCAAUUCAUUGUACUUGAAUGACUUUCAUU